CUUUUCUGAACACCAAGUCGGCGGUGUCAAGACCUGGUUCCGGCUCGUUACGGCGCUGAAGAACGUCGUUUACUGUGGGAGCGCCUCACUAGUACAAUAGUACGGUAAUAACGACGCUGGAGCUUGGAUAUGCAGUGGUCUGUAUUUGGCAGAAGCCAAUGCUUCAAAUUUCCUGUACGAAGAAUAAAUGGAAUACUAUGUAAUAACGCUUUUACGCAGUUGUCGCCAUCAAACAGCGUAAGCCGUCCGAGAUAUACGCUGCAAGGUUUCCUGGCUUCGCGCAGCUUCUCUAGUACGCCACGGCGGGCGUCUUCAGAAUCCAAAAUAGCAGACACUCCUGCUGGCUCUGCUACAGCGACAUUACCCGAUGCAUUACCCCCCACCGCACCCUCUCCCGUCGUUAUAGAACCCUCAUCCAUACCAACUGACAUUGUCUCUGAAGCAGUCAAUACUAUCCCCCCUCUCCAGUUCGGCGAUCUUGCCUCACUAGGUCUUGUCUCAUGGUCACCUCCCUCAUUCUUUCGUUUGAUGUUCGAGGGUAUCAACGUUACCACCGGCCUGCCCUGGUUCUGGACCAUCAUAAUAGGUUCUAUCAUCGCCCGAGGGAUUGUCAUACCCUUCGCUAUCAGUGCCCUCAGCCAGAACCAGCGCCUUGGGGUAAUUUCACCCAAGUUGAAAAAUCUGCAAGAGCAGAUGACUGUGGCGAAGGAACGAAGGGACACUCUGAUGCAGCAGAAGUCUGCAUUGCAGAUUAGCGCACUGAUGUCGUCGGCUCAGGUUAAGCCGAUGAUGCUCAUCCUGGGCCAAGCGGUCACGUUCGCUGUAUCUAUAUCUGCGUUUGUGGGUGUGCAGAAGAUGGUUGCUCUCCCUGUCCUUCAGCUCACCCAGAGUGGUUUUUUUCUCAUUCCCGAUUUGACAACGCCAAUGCCCAUACCAAUGAACCUCUUGAUAGGGUCUUUGAUAUUUCUGCAAGUUCGGAAUCAAAUGUCGGAAUCGACGCUUGCAACGCCUGAGUAUGUGGCCAGGAUGAACGUUCUGAGUACGUGCUUCCCCGUGAUGUCCACGUUAGCUAUCUGGGGAACGGGAACGUCGUCUGCGGUUGGCCUGUAUCUUCUGGUAACGACAGCGAUGCUGUCGCUUCAAUCCCUUAUACUUCGGCACCCUGCGAUAAGACAGCGGUUGGGCAUACAGGCCUUUAGAGAUGUGACCUUCCCCACCCCUGCGCGCUUGCGGUCGGACUUCCAUUCCGUCGCUAACGAAUUGAAGGAAUGGUACCUCAGCAAAACUAGGCCGCAGCCGUCGAAGCGCUCUCUGCGAUCGAACGUAAAGCACAAGCGGUAGCACAAACCUUAUUAAUGUGAAAUACAUUGUUUCGUUCUGAAUAGCCAUACUAGUGACCAUCAGUACCACCGGUUCAUCUUGGAAGCUCCUCCACGUCGAAGUACAGAAGGUUGUCCGGAGAGGAAGUCCCGGGUUUCAAUCUCCUCCAUUAAUCAAACAACUGGCUAUUAUUAGGCUUUGUUAUUCGCGCCAAGCC